AUGUACUCAAAAGUGUAUAUUUUAGUGCCUGCAGUAAUAUUACUUAUAAUCCUUCAGGGAUUUUGCGACAACUCCUACGACAACUGGAAAUUCCAUUUUCCAGCCGGAGCCGGCAUAGGGGUAACAGUCGCCAUACCUUUAGACCUACCCAAUAAAAAUGCCUAUCUCGCGUACAAUUUCGAAGCCAACUAUGCCCUACCAGAUAACGCCACAUCUUUAACUUAUCCACCCAUCAUUGAAAGAGGCAUCGAUAGGGCAUUUGUUUAUAAUGCCCUGGAAACAAAGAUGAAUACGAGCGGAUAUCCUGGAAAAGCGUGCCUUUUGCGUACAAUAUGCGAGGCAUCAACGCACACGGUCGAGCACAAUAACGGCGUUCUUGGGGAUAUUUUACAUAUAAUAUUUACGCCUUCGACGUCCAAGAAUUUUAAUUUGUCUACCGAAUACGAGACGGCGGAAAUAAUGGGAAGGACAACAAGCGACUGUAAGGAUUACAACAGGAAUUGCACCAUCAGUUUUCUGGAUUUAAUCAGUUGGAUUGGCCGCUUUAUUACUAUCAAAAAUCCUAUUCAGUUUCCCUAUCAUGAACCAUUUCAGGGGAUUUUUUUAGCGCUUGCUUUGCCAUUGGAGAUAGAAGAACCCGAUGUUUUUGUAGCCUAUAAUAUAGAAGCAACCUAUAAAUUACCUGAAAAUGAAACUGAAUUUUCAUAUCCACCUUUAUACGGUGAUACAGCCGUUGAUAGAAAAUUUGUUUAUAAUAUUUUGGAGUAUAAAUUAAAAUCGGAAUAUGCUUUUGGUGAUGGAAUUACCUUUACAAAUCCUUUUAGAUUUCCUGUAGGACUUAUUGAAGGACCUUUUAUUGGAAUGUUCAUUGCUAUAUCGGUUCCGUUAAAUCUACCAGAAGCCAGUUUAUCUUUAUCUUAUAAUAUGGAAGCUAAUUAUGUCUUACCUCAAAAUGAUUCCGAAUUGAGUUAUCCUCCAAUUUAUGAGAGAUCUUUUACAAGAAAAACGUUCUAUAAUUUACUGGAAUACAAGUUAAAAUCACAUGGCUAUCCUGGAAAGCAAUGUUUACUGAGGACCAUAUGUGAGGCCUCUGUGUAUACCAUGGAAAAUACUGGAGUUCUGGGGGAUAUUUUCCAUAUAUUGUUAACGAAGCUCAACAAAAACGUUGUCUUGAUGUUAAUGACUGGUGCCCCAAUGGGUGGGAAAAGUUUGUUUGCCACAUCCUGCAUUAAUUAUUACCCCACCUUCAGCAGGAUAAUCUACGUAGUAAGAGAUACAACAUGUCCACAUCAGUAUUUAUAUGAAAUCGUUCGCAAGCUGAUUUUGCACAUUGGUUCACUAAGAUUGCAUUUCGGAAAGAAAGUGUACAUCAUCAUAGAUAAAAAUAUGGUUUACCUCGAAGAACGUUUCGAUUACUUCUUGAUGGCAGCUCAAAGCAAAAUGUUAUGCGUAAGAUUGAACAUUAGUUUUGACUUUGAUCAUACUUUUUUAACGUGCAUGCGGAAUCGCAACCCUUUGGAGGCGGAUGAUGUAUUUCAACAAUUGGUGUACGCUUCGUAUCCCAACAUACACCAACACAUAGCCUGGGAAAAUAAUGUUUUGGUGUCAUCCGACUUUUCGCAGCACAUCGACAGAGAAAUAGCAAACAUGGAAUGUGCUUUGGAUUAUUACACAAUGAAAGAUAACUCGCAUUUCGAAAAUCUUCCCAACUGGAUAUACAACCAGCAUGCUCAGAAGAACAAGAUCAUUUCGGAAAUUUUUGAGAAAAGAUACAACAGCGUUUUGGACGCGAUAGCUACAAACCAACCAUUGGACACAAUCGAUACUUUCUACACGUCACAGUGGAGCUACUUUGUCGAAUCAAACAUGCACGAUUUCUUCGUAUACGAAUUAAACAAAAUGACAUCCAGAAAAAUCCUCUACGUUUUUAAUUGCAAAGUUGAAGAUGGUUCCUAUCCAAUACCUAGUUCAACGCUACACAUGGAACUUGCUGAGAAUACUAACGAAGCAGUGGAAUAUUUUAGAAGCAAAAGAAGAAAUGGCUUUUCCCUUGACAUAAACGCCAACAGACAGAUACAGUUUAAUAAACCUGUACUAACUAUCGAAGAUGUUAAGCAAGGUUUCGUUAAACACAUCAUAUUAACGGAUCAGUACAUUCUGGCCUUCCACAAAAAUGUUUCUCCAACAGCUGAGGAAAAUGCUCAAGGAACUGUAAAAUCCGUGCUAAAGUUUUUGGAUGACGACGACAGUUUUGCUUUAGUCGAUGAAGAUGAAAUAUGCAUUGGCAUCCAUUAUCCUGAAGAAAAUCCAAAUUCUUUCCUCACUGAAGAAAAGUAUACGCUUUUUGGAAGACUAAAGAUGAGUUCUUAA